CCCGCUUUGCCAUCCCCCUAAGCGUCCCUGUCCACCUUUGAACUAAUAUCUGGUACCCAGAUAUGCUGCCAAAACUUUCGCACUUCAAUCCUAAUAUCUGAAACCAUCUUCAUGUACCCUUUUACAACAAGAAACUCUAUGUAACCUUUAUAAUUUCUUCAUUCAAUGUGGGAAACCCAUGUUCUUCCUUCCACUUGGAGCCACAACUAGAUUAUAUUACAAGUUUGCAAAAGCCUCCUUCCCAAUUCAGAGGCAACUCGCUUGAUGACACCUCUAUAUAAUGAAGGCCAAGAUGGGUUGCUGCAUCAUCAACUGUUUCUUCAUAUCCUAUUCACAGAGAAAACGAUAUGGAGAUCGCUAAAGGCAGUUCCGUCUUGAUUAUCAGUCUGGUGCUUGUCUCGAGUUUGAUUCAAGCACAGGCUUAUUAUGCUCUCUACUGUGGUCACAAAACCAGAUGCUCUGGAAAGUACAUCAGGUGCCCCUCUGAAUGCCCCAGCAGCGAAUCCUCAGAUCCUCAGGCUAAGGUUUGCUUCAUUGACUGUGACAAGCCUGUUUGCAAGGCUGUCUGCAGAAAACGAAAACCGAACUGCAACGCACCUGGAUCAGGAUGCUACGAUCCUCGAUUCAUUGGCGGAGACGGCAGGGUGUUCUACUUCCACGGUAAGAGCAACGAACACUUCGCCCUGGUCACCGACUCCGACCUUCAGAUCAACGCCCGUUUCAUCGGGCACAGACCUGCCGGUCGAGGCCGGGACUACACUUGGAUCCAAGCCCUUGGCAUCCUCUUCAAGUCCCAGACUUUCUCUCUCGAAGCCAGAAAGACUGCACAAUGGAUCGACGACGUCGACCUUCUAAAGUUCACCUAUAACGGCAACGAUCUUCUCCUCCCAGGAGGCUCCCUGUCUAAAUGGAACUCUCCGGAACAGGACAUCAAGGUGGAGAGAGUGGCGAGCAAGAACAGUGUGAUGGUGACGAUAAAGGACUUGGCUGAAAUUCUCGUGAACGUGGUGCCAGUGACGAAGGAAGACGACAGGAUUCAUAACUACCAGCUGCCUUCAGAUGACUGCUUUGCCCACUUGGAAGUUCAAUUCAGGUUCACGAAGCUGUCUGCUGGUGUUGACGGAGUGCUCGGGAAGACAUACAGGCCAGAUUUUGAGAACCCGGCGAAGCCUGGUGUGGCUAUGCCAGUGGUGGGAGGCGAAGAAAAGUAUAGAACAGCCUCGUUGCUUUCUGCAAGGUGUGAGUCAUGCCUAUACUCGCAGGAAAAUUCAUCGGCUGAGAAGGAAGCCGAUAAUGCAGUGGUAGAGGUUGCUACUCUUGACUGUACCAAGUUCUCUUACGGUCUUGGGAUUGUCUGCAAGAAAUGAAUAUUUCUACGUGCGCUACGUUUCCUUGAAUAAUGAGCAGAAGCUGCUUUCUCUGUUGGUUGUUUACUUUUUCACAUUGUUAAUGUAAGUUUUUGUAUUAGAUGUGUUAUGCAAAUUUUAUAUAUGUUUACGGGGGGAUAAAACCCUUAUACAUGUUUUUACAAAGGAUCGAGUAUGAUAAAAACAAUUGUACUUGAAGGUUUAUCGGAAUAAACUUAUCUGCAUGUU